AUGAAUAGAGUUGUCCAGCAACUGGUUUUGGUGUGUGUUUUGUCGUAUUUCAAAUGUGAUGGGCAAAACAACAACGAGGAGAAGGCAAAAGCAUUUCUCAGAGAGUUUAAUGAUGCUGACGCGAAGGCGUACCCAAAACUAGCAGAGAAAAACUGGGAGUACACAGUUAACAUGAACGCUAAUAAUGAUGAGCAAUCUAGAAUAGAGGACAGUAAAUAUGCCAUAUUUAGGAAGGAAAUGCGUGCUCGAGCUCUCACAUUUAACGCCUCUGUAAUGAGUGCCGAUAUUCAGAGACAACUGUUGAAAAUCAGCAAUAUUGGUGUUGCUGUACAGCCGGAUGCCAUGAAAUAUGAACAGCUGUUUAGAAACAAGAGAAGUAUGUAUAACACCUACCUCUCCGCAGAGGUCUGUUUGCCAAACAAGAACUGUUUAAAGUCGGAGCAAGAAGUGUCAGAGGCAGUGGCCCAGUCUCGGGACUACAAUGAACUGCUUAAUUUGUGGGUGUCCUGGCGAAACAGCACGGGAAGAUUGAUACGGGAUAAAUGGAGAUCAGGAAACAAAGAUUACGGAGAAAUGUGGCGAGCUAGGUAUGAAAGCAGAAAUCUUAUGCUGGACUUGUCUACACUGUUUGAAAAGGUGCGUCCCAUUUAUGUUCAAUUGCACGCCUUCGUCAGGAAAAGAUUAAAGCAGUUUUAUGGAAAGGACAAAUUCCCGAAAUCUGGACAGAUACCUGCACAUCUUUUAGGUGAUUUGUGGUCUGAACGCUGGGAUCACAUCUACGACCUGGUGGUACCAUUCAAGAACAAGACAGCUAUUAAUAUAACCUCAGCACUGAUCCAACAGGGUUACACGCCCCGGAAGAUGUUUGAAAGCGCAGAACAAUUCUACACGUCGCUUGGAUUUGGCAAGAUGGUUCCCACAUUCUGGAGCAAGUCAGUGUUUGAAGAGCCUAAGGACGGACGGCGAUUGAUGUGUCAACCGGGCGCCUGGGACUCAGGGAAUGGGGAUGAUUUCAGAGUCAGAAUGUGCGCAAAGACCACACAAGAUCAUUUUCUCAAAGUCCACCAUCUCAUGGGCCAUAUUGUUUAUAUGAUGCAGUACAAAAGUCUACCGCGGGUUUACAGACAAGCCACGAACGAUGCAUUCAACGAGGCCAUUGCUGAUUUUGUUGCAUUGUCGAUUCAAACUCCGCACUACUUGAAGACCCUGAACCUUAUCGAGACGAUUCCCACAGAUACCGAGAGCGACUUAAAUUUGCUGAUGAAAACUGCCCUGCAAAAACUGGCGCCGCUUGCGUAUGGAUAUACCUUAGAACGGUUUCGUUGGAAUAUGUUCUGUGGAGAGAUCAAAUCUGAUCAGUAUAAUACUGAAUGGUGGAAUUAUAGGUGUAAACAUCAAGGUAUAUCGCCACCUGUGCCGAGAAGUGAGCUGGACUUUGAUCUUGGAGCCAGACAAAAUGUGGCGGGAGAUACUGAGAUCAUCCAGUUUUUCCUUGGAACCAUUCUCCAGUUCCAGAUCCACAAGGCGGCAUGUGUACUGGCAAAAUUCAAUGGGCCUAUACACAGAUGCGAUGUUUACAACAAAAGGCAGGUUGGAGACAAACUAAUAGAAAUAAUGAAACUGGGAUCCUCUCAGCCUUGGCAGACAGUUCUGCAACAGUUAACAGGAAGAAGCUUGCCGGACGCCCUGCCAGUCGUGGAGUACUUCAAACCCUUAACUCAGUUCCUUCGUAGGGAAAAUGGAGAUGACUUUGGAUGGAAGGAACAAUGUUCCCAAACAUGA